UCGGCCAUGGACACGACCAAGCCCAUUGCGUUCUGUGAGCACCUGCAGCUCUCUAGCUUGGGCAUACAACCCGCGUCCAUCUCCUUCCAGACAUUGACCCUCGAGUCCGACCACUUCAUUUGCGUUCGAGAGAAAGUCAACGAGCAAAAUCAGGUUGUUAUCAUCGACCUUGCUGACGCCAACAAUGUCCUCCGCCGACCCAUUACCGCCGACUCGGCAAUUAUGCACCCUCACCAAAAGAUCCUGGCUUUGAAGGCUGGCCGAACGCUCCAGGUCUUCAACAUCGAGACGAAGCAAAAAGUAAAGUCGCAUGUCAAUAACGAGGACAUCGUCUUCUGGAAGUGGAUUUCGGAUAGCACCCUUGGUCUGGUGACCGACACUGCAGUUUACCACUGGUCUAUCAACGACCAGGCUGCCCCGCAGAAGAUUUUUGACCGGCACCCCACCCUGGCCGGAGCCCAGAUCAUCAACUACCGUGCGAGCAAUGACGAGAAAUGGCUGGUCUUGAUAGGCAUCUCAGGAAAUUCUACGAACCCCUCGGCUUUCAAGGUUCAGGGACGGAUGCAGCUGUAUAGCAGGGAAAGGGGUGUUAGCCAGCCUAUUGAAGGACACGCUGCUGCGUUCGCAGAGAUGAAGAUAGAGGGACACUCUAAGCCUGUCAAGCUUUUCACAUUCUCUGUCCGGACAGCGACUGGAGCCAAACUCCACAUCGUUGAGAUCGAUCAUCAAGCCCCCGACCCGCCUUAUACCAAGAAGGCGGUCGAUGUCUAUUUCCCUCCGGAAGCUACCAAUGAUUUCCCCGUCGCCAUGCAAGUGUCAAAGAAGCAUGGGAUCGUAUACCUUGUCACCAAGUACGGGUUCAUCCAUCUCUACGACCUAGAGACUGGCGCGUGCAUCUACAUGAACCGCAUCUCCGGCGAAACUAUCUUCGUCACGGCUGAGAUGGAGGCUACGAAUGGUAUCAUUGGCGUGAACAAGAAGGGUCAGGUGCUGAGUGUGAACGUCGAUGACCAGACCGUGGUCCCCUAUAUUCUGACCAUCCUGAACAAUACGGAGCUUGCGUUCAAGCUGGCUAGCCGGGCUAAUCUGCCGGGUGCCGAUGACCUGUACAUCAAGCAGUACCAGCAACUUUUCGCCGCUGGGCAGUUCGGCGAGGCUGCUAAGGUUGCUGCCAACUCUCCAAGGGGUAUAUUGCGUACCGCUCAAGUUAUCGAAUCGUUCAAGCGUGCCCCUGCACCACCCGGCGGCCUAUCGCCUAUCCUGCAGUACUUCGGCAUCCUUCUUGAGAAGGGAGAACUCAAUCACCUUGAAUCCGUGGAGCUUGCACGGCCCGUGCUUCAGCAGGGUAAGAAGCAGCUCUUGGAGAAGUGGCUUAAGGAGAACAAGCUUACCUGCAGCGAGGAGCUGGGUGACAUUGUUCGGCUGCACGAUAUGACCUUGGCUCUCAGUGUGUACCUCAGAGCCAACGUUCCGAAUAAGGUCAUCGCUUGCUUCGCUGAGACCGGUCAGGUCGACAAGAUUAUCCUGUACUCGAAGAAGGUUGGCUACACGCCUGACUAUGUUGCGCUUCUGCAACACGUCAUGCGGGUCAAUCCCGAGAAGGGAGCAGAGUUCGCGACGCAGCUUGUUAAUGACGAGUCAGGGCCGUUGGUUGAUAUCGAGCGAGUGGUCGACAUCUUCAUGUCCCAGAAUAUGAUUCAGCCAGCGACAUCGUUCUUACUGGAUGCACUGAAGGACAACAAGCCGGAGCAAGGCCACCUCCAGACCCGACUGCUCGAAAUGAACUUGGUCCACGCGCCCCAAGUUGCCGAUGCUAUCCUCGGAAACGAGAUGUUCAGCUACUACGACCGCCCCAGAAUCGCGAAUCUCUGCGAGAGAGCAGGGCUGCUGCAGAGAGCCCUUGAGCAUUACGAGGACCUUGCAGAUAUCAAGCGGGUCAUUGUGCAUACCAAUGCCCUUCCGCCUGAGUGGAUUGUCGACUACUUCAGCCGUCUCACGACUGAGCAGUCGAUGGCAUGCUUACAGGAGAUGCUUCGUGUUAAUAUCCGACAGAACCUCCAAGUCGUUAUUCAGGUUGCCACGAAGUACUCCGACAUCCUCGGUCCUGUUGCCCUCAUUGAGAUGUUCGAAUCUUUCAAGAGCUUCGAAGGUAGUCUCUAUUACUACCUCGGAUCCAUCGUGAACUUAAGCCAGGACCCCGAGGUCCACUUCAAGUAUAUCCAGGCUGCCGUUCGGACCGGACAGAUUCGGGAAGUGGAGCGGAUCUGCAGAGAGAGUAAUUUCUACAACCCCGAGAAGGUCAAGAACUUCCUCAAGGAAGCGAAGCUGCAGGACCAGCUGCCGCUUAUCAUUGUUUGCGACAGGUUUGACUUCGUCCACGACCUCGUCCUCUAUCUGUACCAGAAUGGUCUUGUUAAGUUCAUUGAGGUGUACGUGCAGAGAGUCAACUCUGCCCGGACACCUCAAGUCAUUGGUGGCCUGCUUGACGUGGACUGUGAUGAGUCGACGAUCAAGUCAUUGUUGGCUUCCGUGACCGGUAAUUUCCCCAUCGACGAACUCGUCCAAGAGGUGGAGCAGAGGAACAGGCUGAAGUUAAUCUUGCCGUGGCUGGAAGCUCGUGUCCAGAGUGGUAGUCAAGACCCUGCAGUCUUCAACGCUCUUGCAAAGAUCUACAUUGACAGCAACAACAACCCAGAGGCGUUCUUGAAGGAGAACAACUUAUACGACCCGCUUGUGGUUGGAAAGUUCUGCGAGGCUCGGGAUCCCUACUUGGCGUUCAUCGCAUAUGCAAAAGGCUUCUGCGACGAGGAGCUCAUCCACAUCACGAAUGAGAACUCUAUGUUCAAGCAGCAAGCCAGGUACCUUGUCAAGCGUCGCUCGCCUGAGUUAUGGGCUCAAGUGCUCGUCCCGGAUAACAUUCACCGCCGACAGCUCAUUGACCAGGCAUGUAUUAUAUAUGCUUUUCCAACCCGGCUCGGCUGUGUUGUGGCAACCGCUGUACCAGAGAGUACCGAUCCGGACGACGUCUCUGUCACUGUCAAAGCGUUCUUAUCGGCAGACUUGCCGAUUGAGCUUAUUGAGCUGCUCGAGAAGAUCAUCAUCGAGCCCUCACCAUUCAGCGACAAUAAGAACUUGCAGAACUUGCUCAUGCUGACGGCCAUCCGUGCUGACAAGGGCAAGGUCGUUGGGUACAUUAACAAGCUGCAGAACUACGACGUCGCGGAGAUUGCCAAGAUUGCUAUUGACCAUGGUUUGUACGAAGAGGCGUUCAUGAUCUUCAAGAAAUACGAGCAACAUGUCAACGCCAUCAACGUCCUGGUCGAACACAUUGUCUCUCUUGACCGUGGCGUUGAAUACGCCUUGAAGGUCAAUAAGCCAGAGGUUUGGAGCAGAUUGGCCAAGGCCCAACUCGACGGUCUCCGUGUCAAGGAUGCUAUCGACUCAUAUAUUAAGGCCGAAGACCCCUCGAACUUCGCCGAGGUCAUAGAAAUUGCCAGCCAUGCGGGCAAGUAUGACGAUCUCGUCCGGUAUCUGCAAAUGGCUCGCAAAUCGCUCCGGGAACCCAAGAUCGACACCGAGCUUGCCUAUGCAUACGCCAAGACCGAUCGCUUGCACGACAUGGAGGACUUCCUGGCUAUGACGAAUGUUGCCGAUAUUCUGGAAGUUGGAGAGAAAUGUUUCGAAGACGAACUGUACCAAGCGGCAAAACUGCUGUUCACGAGCAUUUCCAACUGGGCGCGUCUCGCGACCACACUCAUCUACUUAGGCGAGAAUCAGGCAGCCGUGGAGAGCGCAAGGAAAGCAGGGAAUACUCAGGUCUGGAAACAAGUACACGCUGCUUGCAUGGAGAAGAACGAGUUCCGCCUGGCACAAAUUUGCGGUCUCAACAUCGUGGUCCAUGCUGAAGAACUUCCGGCCCUUGUCGCGUUGUAUGAGCGGAAGGGUCACUUUGACGAGGUUCUGGCCUUGCUGGAGGCUGCUUUGAGUUUGGAGAGAGCUCACAUGGGUAUAUUCACGGAGUUGGCUAUUCUGUAUAGCAAGUACCGCCCCGAGAAACUCAUGGAGCACCUCAAGCUUUUCGUUUCGCGCAUUAACAUUCCGAAGGUCAUCAAAGCCACUGAGCGGGCUCAUCUCUGGCCGGAGCUUGUCUUCCUGUACAUCAAAUACGAUGAAUUUGAUAAUGCGGCUCUGGCAAUGAUGGAGCGGUCUGCAGAUGCUUGGGAGCACAAUCAGUUCAAGGAUGUUAUCGUCCGUGUUGCCAACAUUGAACUGUACUACAAGGCGCUCACGUUCUAUCUGCAAGAACAACCCACCUUGCUGACAGACCUCAUGACCGUACUCAUUCCUCGCAUUGACCACUCUCGUGUCGUGCGCAUGUUCCGCCAGAUCGACCAUCUCCCUCUCAUCCGCCCGUACCUGAUUGCUGUUCAACAUCUUAACAUCGAGGCUGUCAAUGAUGCAUACAACGACUUACUUAUGGACGAAGAGGAUUACAAGACACUCCGAGACUCCAUCGACAGCUUCGACAACUUCAAUAACAUCAGCCUCGCCCAGCGGUUGGAGAAGCAUCCACUACUCGAGUUCCGGAGAUUAGCUGCUCAUUUGUACAAGAAAAAUAGUCGCUGGGAGGAAUCAAUAGCACUCUCCAAGGCCGACAAGCUCUACAAGGAUGCCAUGAUCACCGCGGCUACGUCUGCAUCUACGGAAGUUGCCGAGGAGUUAUUGUCAUACUUUGUCGAUAUCGGCAACAAGGAGUGUUUCGCAGCAAUGCUGUUCCUAUGCUUCGAUCUCUUGCGGCAAGAUAUUGUCGAAGAGCUGUCGUGGCAACAUGGCUUGAAUGACUUCUACAUGCCAUACAAGAUCCAGGUGUCGAGAUCGCUUGUGGAGAAGCUUGCUGCAUUAGAGAAGGAAGUCAAGGAGCGGGCUAAGAAAGAGACUCAGAAGGAGCAACAAGAGACUGAGGCCCCAAUCAUCAACCCUGCUUCUCGAUUAUUGUUGACGAAUGGGUAA